CCCGGAGAGCGCCUCGCGGCCCGGCUGAGCCAGCGUCUGUCUUUCCCUCUUUUGCGGGCUCCACUAUGGCGGCCGUGAAGAGCCUGAACCACAAAGCCGAGGUGGCCCGAGCCCAGGCAGCGUUGGCGGUCAACAUCAGCGCGGCUCGGGGUCUGCAGGACGUGCUGAGGACCAACUUGGGGCCUAAGGGCACCAUGAAGAUGCUUGUGUCUGGAGCUGGAGACAUCAAGCUCACUAAAGAUGGCAAUGUGCUGCUGCAUGAAAUGCAAAUUCAACACCCAACAGCCUCCUUAAUAGCCAAAGUAGUGACAGCCCAGGAUGACAUAACGGGUGACAGUACCACGUCCAAUGUCCUAAUCAUUGGAGAACUGCUGAAACAGGCGGAUCUCUACAUUUCCGAAGGUCUUCAUCCCAGAAUAGUAACAGAAGGAUUUGAAGCUGCAAAGGAAAAGGCACUUCAGUUUUUGGAACAAGUCAAAGUAAGCAAAGAGAUGGACAGGGAAACACUCAUAGAUGUGGCCAGAACAUCUCUGCGUACUAAAGUUCAUGCGGAACUUGCUGAUGUCUUAACAGAGGCUGUAGUUGAUUCCAUUUUGGCCAUUAAAAAACAAGAUGAACCUAUUGACCUCUUCAUGGUUGAGAUCAUGGAGAUGAAACAUAAAUCUGAAACCGAUACAAGCUUAAUCAGAGGUCUUGUUUUGGACCAUGGGGCACGGCAUCCUGAUAUGAAAAAAAGAGUAGAAGAUGCAUACAUCCUUACAUGCAAUGUGUCCUUAGAAUAUGAAAAAACAGAAGUGAAUUUUGGCUUUUUUUACAAGAGUGCAGAAGAGAGAGAGAAACUAGUAAGAGCUGAAAGAAAAUUCAUUGAAGAUAGAGUUAAAAAAAUAAUAGACCUGAAAAAAAAAGUUUGUGGUGACUCAAAGAAAGGAUUUGUUGUUAUUAAUCAAAAGGGAAUUGACCCAUUUUCCUUAGAUGCUCUUGCAAAAGAAGGCAUAGUAGCUCUGCGCAGAGCGAAAAAAAUAAAUAUGGAAAGGCUGACUCUUGCUUGUGGUGGAGUAGCUCUAAAUUCUUUUGAUGAUCUAAAUCCUGAUUGUUUGGGACAUGCAGGACUUGUCUAUGAGUAUACAUUGGGAGAAGAGAAGUUCACCUUUGAUGAGAAAUGUAACAAUCCUCGCUCUGUUACAUUAUUGGUCAAAGGACCAAAUAAGCAUACACUCACUCAAAUCAAAGAUGCAAUAAGAGAUGGCUUGAGGGCUGUUAAAAAUGCUAUUGAUGAUGGCUGUGUAGUUCCAGGUGGUGGUGCAGUGGAAGUGGCAAUGUCGCACGCCCUGGUGAAAUACAAGCCCAGCGUAAAGGGCAGGGCCCAGCUUGGAGUUCAAGCGUUUGCUGAUGCAUUGCUCAUUAUUCCCAAGGUUCUUGCUCAGAAUUCUGGUUUUGAUCUUCAGGAAACACUAGUUAAAGUUCAAGCAGAACAUUCGGAAUCAGGUCAACUUGUGGGUGUGGACUUGAACACAGGUGAGCCAAUGGUAGCAGCAGAAGUAGGCGUAUGGGAUAACUAUUGUGUAAAGAAACAGCUUCUUCACUCCUGCACUGUGAUUGCCACCAACAUACUCCUGGUUGAUGAGAUCAUGCGAGCUGGAAUGUCUUCUCUAAAAGGUUGAAUUGAAGCUUCCCCUGUACUACCUGAAUCAUGAAGACUCUACAGAGUGAUCCUAAGAAUACAGCUAUGGAAUUUUUGUCCUGGCUUCAAAUGAUUUUUAAAGGAAUUUCCCCAUCUGAAGAAAGGAGAGAGCAAUGGCAACUACCUAUUAAAA